CUCCGCUUAGCCCUCAGUUCAACGGUAGUAGGUUGGCGCUAAGCCGCAUAGUCUAUACAUACGAACGAAGGGGGGAGGAAAAAAGCCCGCUUGGUGUCGAGAAUUACUACAAAGACGAGGCGUAACCCAUCUCGCCGUUUUAAUUUUUUGACAGAGAUUCUAACUUAGUUAAAAAGGAAAUAUUUGAGGGACUUUUUUUAUUUUGCCCGUAUGCGAAAGGUGUGUAGCCAGUCGGCGACGCAUGUAUUGGGCAGGUCGCGCACAAGCUGGUGACCAGGCUGGCAUCUGCGUUAUGGUUAAACCCAAGCUAGUUACCGACGUGUGGGGUUAACUAGCAGCGCAGAAUGACAUUCGGAUGCGCACCUAGGAGAAUCAGUCCCGGCGCAGCUGUCAAGUAAAUGUCCCUUGACAUCCUCUACCCUGAGCUGGAUAGAUAUUAUCUUGCAGGAUCCAGGUCUUGAUGCUGACAUUCGCCUGGGUGGGGUCGCUUUAGAUGACACGCAGCAUUAUUACAGUAUAAUAAUAACUGUCUGGACGGAGACUGCCGACCGGAGGGACUUAUAAGGGACGCGAUGACCAAGCCUGAGUCCAGGAGAGGCGGCACGAUGCUCGUCGCCGGGAGAUCCGCCGAAGCGGAGGAGCAGCUCAACAACGGGCCGCUGGACCCGAACCCAUCUGGUGGCUCCGAAGAGUCGAUAGCUGCCACGAUGCCCAAAAUUAGGUCUGCAAAGAUAGGGUUACGGGAGGGUACCCCCUGGAAGUCGGCGGAGUGUGAAGUCUACGAUGACGGAACCAACACGUUUUUCUGGAGGGCUCACACCCUGACGGUGCUGUUCAUCCUCACUUGUGCUUUGGUUUAUGUCACCCUGCUGGAAGAGACACCCCAGGACACAGCCUACAACACUAAGAGGGGGAUCAUCGCCAGCAUCCUGGUGUUCCUCUGCUUCGGAGUCACGCAGGCCAAAGAUGGGCCCUUCACCCGACCACACCCAGCUUUUUGGCGCUUCUGGCUGUGUGUGUCCGUGGUCUAUGAGCUCUUCCUCAUCUUCAUCCUCUUCCAGACGGUUCACGACGGCCGGCAGUUUAUGAAGUGGAUCGACCCCAAGCUUGGGGUGCCACUGCCAGAGAGAGACUAUGGGGGCAACUGUCUCAUCUAUGACCCGGGCAACAUCACAGACCCCUUUCACAACAUCUGGGACAAGAUGGACGGCUUUGUUCCUGCUCAUUUCCUGGGCUGGUACAUCAAGACGCUGAUGAUCCGGGACUGGUGGAUGUGCAUGAUCAUCAGUGUCAUGUUCGAGUUCCUGGAAUACAGCCUGGAGCAUCAGCUGCCCAACUUCUCAGAGUGCUGGUGGGACCAUUGGAUAAUGGAUGUGCUGGUGUGCAACGGUCUAGGGAUCUACUGUGGCAUGAAGACCCUGGGCUGGCUCUCCAUGAAGCCAUACCAGUGGCAAGGCCUGUGGAACAUCCCCACCUACAAGGGGAAGAUCAAGAGAAUCGCCUUCCAGUUCACACCCUACAGCUGGGUGAAGUUUGAGUGGAAACCGGCGUCCAACCUGCGUCGCUGGUUGGCCGUGUUAGGCAUCAUCUUCAUGUUCCUGUUGGCGGAGCUCAACACCUUCUACCUGAAGUUCGUGCUGUGGAUGCCGCCCGAGCACUACCUGGUGCUGCUGCGCCUUGUCUUCUUCGUCAAUGUGGGCGGCGUGGCCAUGAGAGAGAUCUACGACUUCAUGGACGACCCGAAGUUCCACAAGAAGCUGGGGCAGCAGGCCUGGCUGGUGGCAGCCAUCACAGUCACUGAGUUCCUCAUCGUGGUGAAAUACGAUCCCAACACUAUCAUGCUGCCAAUCCCGUUCUUCAUCACACAGUGCUGGAUCCUGGGCAUUCUCCUCAUCCUCACCUGGACGCUAUGGAGGUUCUUCAUCCGGGACAUCACGCUACGCUACAAGGAAACGCGACGCCGCAGGCAGGAAGGAGUGGGGGAGAGGGAGCGAGUCCUCGACAACGGCGCCGUGGCAACCAGCAGCGGGCGUGCCAAGCUCAACGGGAGUUCUGAGUCAAUGAGGAACAGGAAGUCCUGAAGGGGGGCUGGUGGGGCAGGGUAGGGUAGGGUGUGGUGGGGUGGGCAGGCUGUCAAGAUUAGGGUGAGGGUGGACUUGAGUAUAGGAACAAACACUGUAGUGCUGCUUGCAGACACCCUGGUGGGGGGAGAGAGAGAGAGAGUGUCUGUGUGUGUGUGUGGUUACCUACCUGACAGUCAUUCCAGUUGGGCUCUUCACUGUUAAUAUCACACAAAACAAGCAGGGGGGUGAAGCCAAUCACAAGGCGGAGCCUCAUCUUUGGGUGGGGUUAGCCUUUGACAUUGGUGGGGAGGGGUUGAUUCGUUGUUAUAUAUGUGCAUUUAUCUUGCACAUUCAAUAAUGCAGUUGGGAGGGGGGGAUACCCCUGGGUUUAAGCUAUGAAGUGGUUCAAGUCAUAAAUGAAGAGUAGUAAUGGGGUGUGUGUGAGUAAUUCCCCUGGAUAGCGAGGGGGGAGACACUACUGAGCCCUGGCCUGCCAGUAAAGCAUGAAGCACACAGGUGUGACGUAGCAGUGAGUCUCUGGUGGGUUAACUGGGUGAUCCGGGAGGAUCCCUUUGACAUGCAAAUAAGGCAGUGGCUGUCUGGAUCUGACCAGCUUGUUGGUGUUUGUGUCCCCGUCGGCUGAUUAGCGUCUGGAUGUGUGGGGCCGCCUGCCCACGUGCGUAUACGUGUGUGUGCUCGUGCAUGUGAGAAACGCUGCUGCUGGCCUGGUUUGGCCGUCCCAGCCUCUCCUACACCUGGCUUCCCAGCUCCAAGGGGUCCUGCUUUAAAAAAGAAACAGACACAAACAGUGACCGUCUCUUCUAAUAGAGGUUGUCUGUUUCCUCCUGUUGUCACUUCCACCUGCCUCAUUGUUGACACUAAAAGUAGGAGUGAGUCUGUUUUCUGCUGCUAUGCAACAUCGGCCAUGGAAGCUAGGGGGAGCUAUGUUCAAGAGGCCAAGGUGCAAUUUACCAUAAUAAUGCAGGUUC